UAAGUUACUGAGAAUGACCGCAUAGGGGCUGGCGGGAGCAUGUGGCCACAUACGCAAGCACAUGUAACCACGCAUGUACCCAUGGGAGGGUGUGCACAGUCCCGCGCAUCGGAGCCCCUCCAGCAAGGCGAAGGACUCUGCAGGGGAUGGCAUGGGACAGGCAAGGGUUAGGCCUGACUCCCCUCCAUGUCCCUGUCCCUGUCCCCCAACCUCAGGAGGGUCCCCAGUUGCUCCACGUGUGGGACUUCGAUCGGCUGCUGCGCGAGUCCCAGCGGGAGGUGCUGCGGCUGCAGAGGCAGAUCGCGCUGCGCAACCAGCGGGAGACGCCGCCGCUCCCGCCGUCCCGGCCCCGGGCCCUGCUCUCCAGGCCAGAGCAGAGGCGCCGGCUCCCGGGCCCCGGGAGAGGCCACGCCCCAGGAGGAUGCGGACAACCUACCCAUGAUUCUAGGGGAGCCAGAGAAAGAGCAGAGGGUGCAGCAGCUGGAAUCGGAGCUCAGCAAGAAGCGAAAGAAAUGCCAGAGCCUGGAGCAGGAGGCCCGGAAAAAGCAGAGGCGAUGUGAGGAGCUGGAACUGCAGCUGAGAGAAGCGCAGAACUGGUGGAGGAGAACUCCCGGCUCUGUGGGAGAGCCCCAGAGAAGGAGCAGGUACCACUUCCGCCCAGGUGGAAUGGGAGAAUGCGGAGCUGAGGGGCCAGCUCCUGGGGGUGACACGGGAGAGGGACUCAGCCCUUCGCAAGAGCCAGGGCCUGCAGAGCAAGCUGGAGAGCCUGGAGCAAGUGCUGAAGGUGAGGGGAUGGUGCAGGUGGGAGAGGGUGCUGGGCCCUGGCAUGGGGAGCAAGUGGGACAGCAGAAUCUGCUUAGUGAGGGGCACUAAGGCCUGGGCCUGGAGCUGCCUCAGGCUCAGUUUCCUUUG